AUGUAUUCUAAUUUUGAACGUGGAAUGGAGGGGUGCGAAAAUAUUCAGUUUUAUGAUACCCUAAGUGGAUAUUUUAAAGAAAGUUAUUUCGAGUAUGAUCUUCUUAGCAUAUCUGAUAGAAUUCUAAAGGCUGUUUGCUAUAUAUAUAAAGAAAAAGAGAAUAAAAAUAUUAAUUUUGACAAAGAACUUUGUUCGUAUUUUUAUUAUUGGUUAGGUGAUAAAAUAUAUUCUUUAGUAAAUGAUAGGAAAGAAUUCUUAAGAAUUAUUAACACGAUUUAUGAAGAGCUAAAUGAAAAUAAUCCAAAAGAAUUUAAUGUGUGUGACGAUUAUAUUAGCUUAAUAGAUAAAGAUACAUUUAACAAGAAUAAGUUGCUGUUUGAUUAUUCUAAGGAUUAUGAAAAAAUAGAACUUGAUACUGUUUAUCCUAAUACAUGUAAUGAAGAUUAUAAGAAUUACAUAGACAAAUAUAUUAGUGCAUAUAACGAAGAAUAUUCUAAUUGCUAUAAUAGAGAACGGAAAUAUGGGAAGCUAGCUCAAAAAUUCACCAAAAUCCAGAAACAAUUGAAGCUUCUCCUAUAG